AUGGAGUUGAGCCAGCAGUCUAUUCACGAUGUCAUCCAUCCCACUGCAGCUUUCUCGGACCAUGUUCCGAACCCGGUCCCGGACUUGGUGGGCCAGGACGACCAGGCUGUCAGCUGGCAGGAUUCGAUUCUGAAUCCCAAGAACCGGAUAGACAGCCUCGCAGCGCUGGAGCGCCCCCUCUGGCGUAUCGACGGCUGCACCGCAUUUGGAAGCCAGUUUUAUGCCGUGCCGCUGUUUGUCGACUCUAUCUCGCCGAUGCGAGUGGAUGUCUUUGUCCCAGAGCCUGCAAAGCUGUCAUCGGAACUUCGCUGUGUUCUCGACGUGGAUGUGGCAUUUCAUACUACGAGCGCAAAGCGCAUCGCGCACCUUGGUGUCACUCGCCAUGUGCUUCGCAUCCUUCAGCACUGGACUUCUCAGCAGCAAGACCCCACUGAGAUGUUCAAGAACAUUCCCUUUGGAUCCAGGAUUGUCUUCAAAAAUUUGCCUGUGAAUGUUGCAGAUGCAGAAGUCUCGGUCGCCCCGACUCAUUACCUGGAGCGACAGCUCUUGUCUGUACCCGGCCUGGAGAACUCCUGGGGUAAGGAUGUGCAGCUGCCGCCUACCGUGGACAUCAACGACGUGACGUACGUCUCACAGUUGCAUGACAGCGUUUGCCUGGUCAAGAUCCAAGGAAAAACGUGGAUUUUCAAGGCACUGACCAGUUACACCAAGUAUCUUUACCAUGAGUUGAGGCAGCUCCUCACCAUUCAACCCCACCCCAACAUUGUUGCUCGGCCGGUCCACCUCGUGACCAAGAAAUGCAGCUUUGGGAGCAAGGUGGCAGUCAUUGGCUUUACGCUGGAGUAUCAUACUCACGGUAGUCUGCGUGACCUGAUUCCUUUCCUCAGGAUACACAAAAUGGUGUGGUUGGCUGACGAGACGAAAUGGGCCCUCCAAUUGGCCUCGGCCCUCGUCCACCUGCGCCAGACGUCCGACAUGUUCUAUCCCGACCUGAGACUGGACAACAUUGUGCUGUCAGCUUCUCGAGACGCUGUCAUGGUUGACUUUGAGCAGCGUGGAGUCUGGUGCGAGUUUGCCGCUCCUGAGGUAAACGCUCUCGAGUACGUGAGGCUGCUUGCUAUUGAUGAAGAAAUUCCGCUUGAAGUCAGCGAGAAGUACGCCAACAUACUGACUGAGAUGCUGCCUGGGUGGGAGGAGAUGGGCGAAGGCGAGGAAUAUAGGUGGCCGUCAAAGGGCUACAAUGUUCCUUGGGCCUGCCUCACUCCGACAGAGCAGGAAGCCUGCGAGGUGUACAUGCUCGGUCGCGUGCUGUGGUGCAUCUUUGAGGGGAACAGUGCUCCUCAGAGAGCCGCAGUCUGGCUGUCGUAUCGCUGGGAGCCUCAGGUUGAGUUCCCAGGGUAUACGACGACUCCAGAACCGAUGCGGCGCCUCAUUGACCGCUGCACGCGUGGGAGACAGGCCGGUCUAAGCAGGCUGAUCGUGAGGGAGCGCAAUCAGCUCGUGCUCCGGCAGUACGAGAAGACUGGUCGGUCUACCCCCGAGGAGGUUCAGCAAACGGCGCGCGACUGGUGGUCCAAGGAGAUUCAGGCUUCAGAGGAGUGGCUAGGCCAGAGGAUUGAGAGUAUGAAGACGGGUAGCUGGAAGGAGAACUACUAUGACCGGCCUACGCUGAAGGAGGUUCUCGCGGAGAUUGAGGCCUUCCGCGAUGAGGCUGGACUCAAGGUUUGA